GUUUGAUGUUUGUGUUGCUCUUCUAGUUGAAUUUGCGGUGUUUAUUAAUUUAAUUUUCAUUUCAUAUCAAAAUUAGCACUGUUAUGCGGCUUGUGAUACAAUGAAUACUACUACGAAGUCUAAUGCUUUAUCCACGGACUUAAAUAGCUUCAUUUACGGUGUCUCAAGAAGGAAUUUUCAAAAUGCUCCCGAGUUGACGAAGAUUGGCAUAACCUUGCUGAAGAACUUUCCUGCUGCUCGAGAUGCAGUUUUGGAGUAUUUUGCGAUGGUUUUCCAUGAAGCUGUUAAUGUUUCACUUAACCAAUCAGAUUAUGAACCUGACAGUGGAGCAGUGAGUUCACUAGAGAGUGUCAGUAUGAUUGGCCCGGAGCUGUGUGGGCUGGGCCCGGCCUGGGCGCCCUUCAUUGCUCCGUGGUGCAUCAAGCUACUUGUUGACAUUGCUACUGAGAAAGCUAACCUGCCUAAUGUGACUCUACAAAAUUCUGAUCCAGUGAGAGUGCUGCUUGAUAUAACAACACAAAAUCUCACACUCUUGGACUCUGAGGAAAGAUCCAAGUGUAUUGACAUGAUGCUGAGUUGCCGCUUCUGUUCCUGGGCGGUGGGCUGGGUAGGGCGGGCGGAGCCGGCAUUAGUCGCUCCACGCGCACUGGCUCUGGGCGCGGAUGCGGCGCGCGCCGUGCUGGCCCACCUGGCCAAUCACGCGCCCGCGCUGCUGCAUGUGAGGGAAGCACUGCUGCAGCUGUUUCAUGAAGCAAUAAGCACAGAUAGCAAACCAGACAAAAGGCGGGAUGUAAUCCCCUAUCUACUGAACUUGGCAUCGAAAUCGGAUAUAGUUUUAAAAGCCCUGAUUCAAGACAUCGAUAAAACGUUGACCGACGCCGUCAUGGAGCGUCUCACCGCCGUCUGCGCGGCGGAGCGCCACGGGCCGGCGUGGGAGGCCGUCGGGCCCGCUGCACUGGUGGCGCUGCUACAGCGGGCUGAUAUACACUGCUUCCUGCUGCUGCUCAGGCAGGCCGCCAAGUACUUGUUCUGUCGGCAGCUUACUGAAUACCUGCUCCAAAAGUUGGAAAUCGAGAGUUUGCUACCCGACAAGAAGAUCCCGCUGCUGCAGAGCGCCUCCGAAGAGAUGUUCGUGCUGAGAGAGACCGUGCUCACCGGCACGCAGCUCGAGAAGUACUCUGCUGCCCGGAUCAUUAUAUUAGUCUGUUACAAUCUACCAUCAGAGUUCGUCAACACAAUCAGCUACCUCCUCCAGUACUCCAGAAACGACACAACCCUAGCUCUCCUCGUCCGAAUCAUAUCCGGAACCAUCACAAUGCAUACUCCAAACGACUCUCCAGACAUCAACAUGGACACUGAGAGAUACCAGAAUCUAAUCAAGACUGGUAUUGAGUACGCGUUGAGAGAGUCCAUGCACUCAGACACGGUAAUAAAGAAGUGCUAUGUGGACGGGACGGCGCCUAAAGAUCGGAAGACUUAUACGCAUCACUUCUGCUUGAAUAUUAUUAAGCUUUUGAGAUGGGAGAGCUCCGGUCGCGUGCCCCACAUGGCGGUAUGGAGCGUGUCUGCCAGCGCGGGGGCGGGCGCGGCGGCGCUGGGCGGCGCGCUGGGCGGGCGGGCCUCCGCGCUGCGGGAGCGUGUCCCCUGCGAGCCCGCCGGACGCAUGCAGGCGCAUGCGCUGGCUGAGGUUUUAGAUAAGCUGGACUUUUCCGGAAAUAAAUUGCCGCCUCCGAGUGUCGAGGUGAUAAUCAAAGUCAUCCAGGCGACGGUCAAAUAUUUCUUCAUGUGUCUACAUGAAGAAGAAAUAAUGGACAAGCUCCGCGGCACGCAGCGCGCCUGUCGCCUGCUGCGCAAGCUCUGUCUCCACAGCAAGCUGGCUCGAGCUAUAGCGUUGAGGGACCUUCUAGAAACUGCCAUGUUUAGAGAGGAGGCCACGUUUGGAAGCAAGAACUUCAUAGGGAAUACUACUAGUGCGGCCUUGGAUUGGGCCAAUGAUGACCUGUUGAUGCACUUGAAUCAGAAACAUGGCCCCAUAACGCAACUGACGCAAAGUCACACGUCGGUGUUCCACGCCGGCAUCAUCGGCAAGGGCGUCCGACGGGUGAAUGCAGACGAACAGAACGAAAUACCCGACAUACUGACCACGAAUAAUGAGUUGCUGAUGGGCGCUCUUAUGUCCUGCAUGGACGGCAACAGCGGCAUAGUGGAGGGCAUGACGGCCGUGUCGCUUCUACUGGUGGAGCUGAUAUCCCCCGACGUCAUGUACAACGGACUGCCGUGGCCAGACGAGGACUUUACUAAGCAAGUGAGCAUAGAACGCGAGCUGUACAUGCGCGCCGCGCUCGAGGGCUGUGUGGUGGCGCGAGCCGCGCUCCGCCGCGCCGCGCAGCACCGGCCCGCGUUGUGCCUCGCCAGCGCGCUGCUGCGGGCCUGCGCCGCCUCCGCGCUGCACCGCCACCGCGCCGCCGACGACCGCUACUGCAUGUCGGCGGAGAUGCGUCGCGAGCGCUCGGCCCUCUCCGAGCUGCUCGCCACCAUGUCGCUGGGCCAGCUGCUGCCGCCGCCGCUGUGCCACAUGCUGCAGCUCGCGCCCGCCCUCACCUCCAGCGAGUUGGUGCAAAUUCUGCGAGACUGCCUCUGGAACUACACGAGGGAUAACGUGCCUUCACCCGCCCUCUUCGAGUGUGACGCUACAGGUCUCCACUGGAGGGACCCUGCUUCAUGCGUGCCGCCCCCCAGCUACACGGACGCGCUGCGCAUCAUCAUACAGAAGAGGAUCGCCAGGCUCGGCCACCUCUACCCGCUCAUGUUCCUCAAUCUAGAGAAGAGUGAUAGCAACUUAGCUUAUUUGAAACAGAAAUGAAUAUAAAUAUAAAAGUAUUUUGUAA